CACUUUUGCUUUCGCCCAGACGUGUGUGAGGUCAGCCGUCUGCCUGGCACAGAUGUGUGUUGAUCUGCCUCCAGCUGUUUGCGGGGAACCAUGAUGUCUGGACCUAUAUGGUCUGGACGGGAGGAUCCUCCCUAUCCAGCCUGUGAGCUCACCACAACUUUUAAUUAGACCGGAUUCGCCAAUCAAAGGGACGUCCAGUCGGCCGGUCUCUCACAGGCUUUUAAAAGCAGCAGGAGUCUGAACUUCAGCAGCAGCAGCAGCAGCAGACAGAGGUUGAACUGAAGAUGUCUUCCACUUUGCUUUGUGCCGGUGUUUUGUUGGCAUGUGCCUUCACACUUAGUGCAGCUCAGACGAGCUGUAAAGGACGAUGCGGUGCUGAGUACUACAGGGGUUACAUGUGCCAGUGUGAUUACACCUGCCUGCUUUAUGGAGAGUGCUGCGACGACUAUGAAUCUCAAUGCACCACAAAAAACUCAUGUAAGGGUCGAUGUGGAGAAUCCUUCAAGAGAGGCCGGGGGUGCACCUGUGACUCUGACUGCUCCACGUACAAGCAGUGUUGUGAAGAUCACACGAGCCACUGUGAUGCAGAGGAGCCGCCUCUGCUGGGACCAGAGGAGCAGCCUUCUACGUUCAGCGAGGAAAUAACAGCAGAUGAAGAUUCAACUCCUCUGGUUGGUCUUACCUCAUAUCUGCCAGAUGACUCCAGUGAUGAUACAAACAACCAGCUCCCUCCGGACUUGGAGGACACCAGUCCAGUCCCAGAAGGCACCAGUGGUUAUGGGUCGUCCACAGCUGAUGCCCUGGACCACGUCUCCACUGAACCCACCCUGCAGCCGGACACUGAAGAUUUCACCCCCGAGACGGUCACAGUCAUUUCUCAGACAGAAACGACUCAGACCGACGAUGAACCCACGGAUUCCAGUGAUCCAGGAACAACCCUCGCUGAGGCCACGACAGAGCAGGUCUCCGACCAGCCGACACCAACCUCUGCAGCCCAGACUGAGGUUCCUGCCACAGCCAGCAGCCCGGAGCCGGAGACAUCAGGGCAGGGAGCCGUCCAACCGGAGGACGACGUUUCUACUGCAGCACAGACGACAGCUCUGCCGGAAGCCUUCACUGAUAAUCCAGAGGUCACAACUCUUCCCUUCACCACAGCAGCUUCAGGAUCUACAGGAGUCACAGAGGACGACACAAUCGUGGCUGCGUCACAGUUCACCUUCCCCGACGAAACCACUUCCAACCCUGAGCCACUAAAUACUGAGAGCAGCUCAGAGGAUUCAACACCGGGCCUUCAAGAUCCCUCCACCAGUGUUUCCACAGAGCUCGAUGCCCCGACGACAACCAAACCCACCGAGGAACCCCAACCGUCCGAACCCACCGAGCAACCCCAACCGUCCGAACCCACCGAGGAACCCCAACCGUCCGAACCCACCGAGCAACCCCAACCGUCCGAACCCACCGAGAGACCCCAACCGUCCGAACCCACCGAGCAACCCCAACCGUCCGAACCCACCGAGCAACCCCAACUGUCCGAACCCACCGAGCAACCCGAAACAACCAAACCCACCGAGGAACCCCAACCGUCCGAACCCACCGAGCAAACCCAACCGUCCGAACCCACCGAGCAACCCCAACCGUCCGAACCCACCGAGCAACCCCAACCGUCCGAACCCACCGAGCAACCCCAACCGUCCGAACACACCGAGCAACCCCAACCGUCCGAACACACCGAGCAAACCCAACCGACCAAACCCACCGAGCAACCUGAAAUAACCAAACCCACCGAGCAACCCGAAACAACCAAACCCACCGAGCAACCCGAAACAACCAAACCCACCGAGCAACCCGAAACAACCAAACCCACCGAGCAACCCGAAACAACCAAACCCACCGAGCAACCCGAAACAACCAAACCCACAGAGCAACCCGAAACAACCAAACCCACAGAGCAACCCCAGAGAAAACCUUUGCCAUUGCCAGUUAAACCAAUUCUGGUCAAAUACCCCCCCAAACAUCCAGACAAUCCAGGAGACUACCAGGCAGAUGACAGCAACGAUACGAACCUGUGCAGCGGGCGCCCGCCGGGUGCAGUGACCACCCUGAGGAACGGCACGGUGGUGGUUUUCAGAGGACACUACUUCUGGCUCCUGAACAGCCGCAGGGAGCCAGGUCCGGCCAGAGGCAUCACACAAGUGUGGGGAGUCCCAUCCCCCAUUGACACUGUGUUCACACGCUGCAGCUGUCAGGGCAAAACAUACAUGUUCAAGGGAUCUCAGUACUGGAGAUUUGACAAUGAUGCUUUGGACAGUGGUUAUCCUAAAGUCAUUGAAACCGGCUUCGACGGGCUGCGAGGCCACAUCACUGCUGCUCUGUCUGUGCCUCAGUACAACCGGAGGACAGAGUCCGUCUACUUCUUCAAGAGAGGGGGGCAGGUCCAGAAAUACUCAUACCAGUUUGGCACCAGUCCAUCAUGUGGCAAGAAAGUCCAGUACCCCGUGCACAAUGGCCGCGUACGGAUGGUUCGACAAGCAGUGUCUGCUCUAGGCCCAGUCAUCAACAUCCGGACGUCCUGGAGAGGUUUCCCCACGUCCAUCACAGCCGCUGUGUCCGUGCCCAGCACCAGGGAACCACAGGGAUACAAAUACUACGUCUUCUCCAGAUCCAAAUCCUACAGCGUGAGUCUGGAUGGUUCCCGUCCCGUCAUGGCGGCUGCGCCCGCCGGCGUCUCCCCUCAGAGCAGCAACUUCAUCAAAUGCCCAAGGACAUGAAAACCAGAGACUGUUUGUUUUUUCUCACCAACUUUCUUAUCGUUUAUUACAUCCCUAUUAAAACCCACCGCAUCAGCAUGGAGCACAAUUACAAAAAAAAAGGUACUUUUCAAGUACAUUAAAAACAAAAGCAGAACAUAAAAACAACAGGCUUCAGAACACGUGAACGGUUAUCAGGACCGAGUCGAGAAUCUGAACGCGGACGAGGGACGUUUCUGGAGGGAAACACGAGUUGUCCAGUCGUCAAGUUUCCGGAUGAGCUUCAUCUGGCGAAUCGUCUGCCGGGAAAUCCCCGAGAAGGAAACGCCUGACCUGUUCACAUGAAAUGUUAUUUCAAACAAAGCCUGUAACACCGGUGAAAAAAAAAAAUCUGUAUUUGCAUUGUAAUGAACGUACUGUGUUUUUUAAAUCUACAAUAAAAACUCACAAACCAA